GCCUUGCCAUCCUCUACCUCAGGACACACGUGGCUAAAAGGCAGCAGCUAAUUGGCACUCGGCCUUUCAUUCCCCGCUCCUAUUGGUCGCUCCGCCCUAGCAGCCAGGCCGCCAUCUUGGAGAGGGCAUGGAGGAGAGGGGGUGACUUUCUCACCGGCGCUCGGCUUGGCCUGCAGACAUGGAUGACCCCUUUGAUGGCACGGAGGUUACAGUGGUGUCUGAGGAAAUUGAAGGAAACUAUGUGCCUGCUAAGCCACCUGUUAAAAAGAAGAAAUACAGAGGAUGCACUGAGCAGAGGGAUUCCAUGAAGAAACCCAGGUCAGCCUAUUUGCUCUACUACUAUGAUAUCUACCUCAAAGUCCAGCAAGAGGUGCCUCACCUGCCCCAAUCGGAAAUCAACAAGAAGAUCAGUGAGAGCUGGAAACUGCUGAGUGUGGCCGAGAAGAGCUAUUACCUGGAGCGAGCCAAGCUAGAGAAGGAGGGCCUGGACCCUAACAUUAAAUCCGGCCCGUCCACUGUGAUUUCUGAUGUCCCUGGCUUUAGAAAGAUCCUUCCCCGUUCAGAAUACAUCCUGGUGCCUAAACCUGCUGCAGAAGAAGAUGUAAGCCUAAACUAUCAUAGGGAAACUGCAGUCCUGGCUCCUUCAGCUGCUUUGUCCCACAGUGGAGGGCAGAAUGUCUGUACUUUGGAAGCAGGCCUUUCUGAACAACUCAUCGAUCUAGAGGGACUUGCCAAUGAAGGAGCAAAUGCAGUGCGAGAAGUCAUUGCUGGUGGGAUGUACUCCCAUUGUGCUGGGACAGAUAAAGUUGCAGGGGAGCUCAUCCUAGAUGAUGCUACUUUGGAGAUUGGAGAAACAAACACUUAUCCAGCCACUAGCAUGGUCAUUGAGGAAGAUGGAGGCCUUGCAGUGGCAAGGUCAGACUUACAUAGAGGAAUGUCUGUUGUCACAGUUAUGGCCAUCCAGGACACGGAGGAUAACUCUACUCCAUCUGCCCCCUCCCAGUUUAUUAUGUUGCCUAUGACCAAUCGCUCCGUUACAGAGACCUCUCGCUCUAUUAAACUGGCUACCACGUACACCAGAAGAGGGCGAGGCAGCUGCACAAACCCCACAUGCACUUUUAGCUAUGUAACAAGGCAUAAACCUCCUGUUUGUCCCCUCUGCAAUAAGUUCCUUGGUGGAAAAUGGAUUCCCAAGGAGGAUGGACAUCCUUUCCUCAACUCUGCUGUUGCAAUUUUUUUCUCCUUUGUUUUUUCUUUAAUCAAGACUCUUCUCUACACCACUGCUGGAGGUUUCCACUCAAAUAUGCAGCUAUCUGGCAUAGUCAUCCUCAGCCUGACUUUUGGAACGUACCACAUCUGGACUCUGCUGGACUGGAUCUUUCCAGGUCUACAGCCACUGGCAUUGCCUCUGAGCUUGUCUCUAAAGACUCACUCAACUAAACAGCCAAAAGAAAAACCCAACAUCACUGUUCGGACAACAAACACUACAAACACUCAGGAUCAGUCCACCACUGUUAGGGAGUCCAAGGCGUUUGAGAAGGAGAAUUCGGAAGCGGUCAGCCAGCUCCUGCAAUCUUCCCAGCCUGCCCACACUGAAGACUGGGAGGAGGUAAUCAUUUCCGAUGCCCACUUUGAGCCCAAUCAGCCUCAGGAAAAACCAACAGAGAAGCAGAAAGAGAAGUCUACAAAGUCAGCUGAGCAGGAUGUCACCAAAACUGACAAACCACCUCCAGCUGGGAGCACCAAAGCUGUGCCACAAGCCUCUGUUUCCAAGACAAGUUCAUCUUCUGCUUCAUCAUUAAACAAACCACCGGAAGCAAAGAGUUUCUCCAAACCCCUUGCAAUUGCUAGGCCAAUAAGAGCCAUACUCCCAGCUCCUACCAAUUCAAAUAGAAGCAUCACUGUGGAGUGCACUGGCAACACUCUGACCUUCAUAAAACCAGAGACAUACAACAAUGUCACAUCAGUCGGCCUGAAAGCCAGUACAUUAAAACAACUCGGUCAAGCAGUUUUGCAGCAGCCAAUACCACAGGAGAUCACGGUACGGGCUGACCUCCCUGCACCCUUGUCACAGCCAGAGCAUAAAGUUGUGACUGAUCCCUUCCCCUCAUACAAGUACAACUGCCCUGUGGCACUGGACCUUGGUCUGGCAACACAGAGAGGGAGAGGGAAGUGUAAAAAUCCCUUCUGCGACUUCGUAUACACCAACAGGCAUAAGCCGAAAGUCUGCCCGAACUGUGGCAUCAAUCUCAAAGAUAAAGUAGAAAAAGGACCCAAACUUCUGGAGGCAGCCAUCACUAUCGCUACUGCCAUGAGUAUGCGAGAGCCUCUUACACAAUCACAGAAGGAGAUCCAACGACACUCUACUCUCCAGCUAAUUCGUAAAACCGUACAAAUCCCUGAGAAUGAAUGUGAGCUGUCCGACACAUUUGCUCUCAUCCAAGAGCUUAAUAGUUCUCCUUUGGUUUUAUCUAAUGUCCAUGAUGGUACCGUGACCAUAGAACAAACCUCCUGGGCCAGCAUCUAUGAGUCUCCAGCUGACAGGUGUCUGCUCUGUGGUACCAAGCUAUUUAAAGGCGACAAAAAUUCAAUGGCCGGUCCUCAGGAUUGCUGGCUUUUAACAGCUAAUCGCCUACAGCUGAUGACCGCUCAGGUCAAGGUGUGUCUAAACUCUCAAUGUUUGGCAAUACACAGCUUUAAUGACAUCUAUACGGGACUUUUCAACGUGGGGAACAAACUGCUUGUGAGUUUAGAUCUCCUUUUCUCUAUUCGCAACCAACUUAAGUUGGGAGAAGACCCCAAAGCCUCCAUAAGCAACAUUGUGGAUUCAGUACAGGGACAAACAGAAAAGAUGCUGAGCCCGGAGGAGCUGGUGGUGGUCCAGGAUUUGCUGAGCUGUGGAUACUGGGCGUUUGAGUGUCUCACUCUUCGGGACUAUAACGAUAUGAUUUGCGGUGUGUGCGGGGUAGCCCCAAAAGUGGAGAUAGCACAACGGAAUGUGGAAAGCACCUUAACACUGACCAACAUUGAGUUUACCUGGCCUGAGUUUCUCACCACCAAUGAGGUUAGCAUGGAGGAUUUCUGGUCCACCCUGGAAACAGAAGUGUUGGAGCAGGCUGCCUUCCCUUCCAGCAUCCCCAUCACCAAGUUUGAUGCCUCCAUCAUCUCUCCAUUUUUCCCACCUCUCAUGCGUGGCCCUCUAGUAGUGAACAGUGAGAGCUACAAGAACCUGGAAAUAGAAAAGGUUGCAGGUAACGGGAGUGCUUUGGCCAAACUCCUCCAUGAUGGCACCCUGAAGCUUGAUGACCUAAACAUGCUGAGCACUGAACAGCUGCGGAGGAUGCUGACACUUUGUGGCAUUUCUUGGAAUGUUACAGACGCAAAGGACAGCAUGUGUUAUUCCAUCCUGGCCCUUUCAGAAUUUGUACAGAAUGGGACACAGGUCAAGCAGCCUCCGUCUAAUUUAACUGGAGGGAAGGUGUACAAAAUCUGCCCCCAUCAGGUGGUUUGCGGCUCAAAGUACAUUGUGCGUGGGGAGAGUCCUCGGGAUCAUGUUGACCUUUUGGCCUCUUCACGGCAUUGGCCCCCUGUGUACGUAGUGGACAUGGCCACACAGGUGGCUCUGUGUGCCGAUCUAUUAUACCCAAACCUGGCGCAGCAGAUGUGGGGAAAAAAUCAAGGAUGCUUCUCUGAUCCGUCAGAGUCUCCAAAGUAUGUUUCUUGUCCAGAGCUCCUCGACAUACAUUUUAACAUGGACAUGAUGGGCAAUGAGCCCUCUAUUCAGCAUCCCAUGACCAAGUCGUCCUCCCGGAGAAUUGUCCAUGGCAUGGCAGAACAGAACAGAUCCUGUGACCCAACGUCUCGCCACCAUUCUCUGUCUCUUUGUCGUGAGCUGGAGCCAUACAGCGCCAUCAUCACAGCCAUUGGUGACAGCAAGACAAGCAACAUCCGCCACCACUCCAUAAACUUUGAGAACGCCACACACUAUUACCUUUACAACAGGUUAAUUGAUUUUCUCACCAGCCGUGAAAUUGUGAACAGGCAGAUUCAUGACAUUGUGCAGACUUGUCAGCCUGGGGAGGUGGUGAUCAGAGACACUCUGUACCGGCUUGGUGUGGCACAGAUCAAGACAGAACUUGGGGACAGCGAGUUGGAGGAGGACAUUACAGUAGAGCAGACAAGCUCUACAUAAUCCUACCUGUCAAUAGUAUUUUGCACUACAGGGUUUCCAAACAUUUCCUGAUGGACAGAUGGAGACAAUCAGCUCUCCUAAUGAGCAUGCCUCUGUUUCACUGCACGUACAUUAUGGAACAUGUGAACCGAUGUCUUAACGAGUUGGUUGCCAAAGUUAUGAUGUGAAACUGCCUUUAUGGUGAGAAUUGAAGGCGAAAUGCACUUUUUUUUGUGCUCUG